GCCCGCGGCUCGCCAUUCCCUGAUCCCCUCCCAAGUCCCACCCGGUCCCCGCCUCCUGCCGCCUAGGGUUCCGACGGCAUCCUCGCCGACGUCGACCACCGCCGACACCCUCCGCGAUGUCGCAGCCCGUCACCCCGCGCCGCGCCACCCGCUCCUCUACGGUCGAUCCCGCCUCCCCGACCUCCCCGUCCGGAUCCAGGCCCAAAUCGACGCCCAGGCGCCAACCCAUCCCCACCGCCGCCGCAGCGAAGGAGGAGGAAGGGGAGCAUGAGCGGAGCACCGUCGACGCGCUCCUCGAGGCGUUGCCCGGCCGCCGCGCGCAGGCGACGGACCUCCUCCGGCUCCUGGCACCCGCGCCGGCGCUCCCGAUUCUGCUCCACGGGGGCGCCGCCACGGGGAAGACGCGCGCGCUCCUCCUCGCUCUCCGCCACGUGCGCCCCCGCCCGCUGCGCGUCGCCUACGCCGCCUUGCGCUCCCUCCCGUCUCCUCGCGCCCUAUACGCCUCCCUCCUCACCCAGCUCAGUCCGUCUUCGUCGUCCUCCGCCUCCUCUCGCCUGCGCAUCCCCGACAAGCCCUCGGACUUUGUCGCUGCGCUCCGCGACGCGCUUGCUGGCCUCUCCGCGCAGGGCGAGGCCGUGUAUCUGGUGUUUGAUAAUUUGGAGGUGGUUAGGAGCUGGGACAAGGGUGGCCAACUUCUGGCGCUCCUCCUCCGCCUCUACGAUCUCCUCCGUUUGCCGCAGAUCGUGCUCGUCUACGUGAGCAUUGCUACACCUGAUGCGUACUACUCCAUGACUGGCUCUGUCGAGCCGAAUCACAUUUACUUCCCUGAUUACACAGUGGACGAGGUCCGAGACAUCCUGAUGCGAGGCCAUCCCAAUCCGAAGCUGUACUCGUCGUUCCUUAGUGUGGUGCUGAAGCCAUUGUUCCGAGUAACAAGGAGGGUAGAUGAACUGGUGGCUGCCCUGGAGCCACUUUUCAGGAGGUACUGCGAGCCACUGGGGGAUUUGAAGGCAGUUCCGGAUGAGAGCAUCAAAAGGAGGUUGUUUGAACAUAUACAGCCACAUUUGGCUGUUGCCUUGAACGAGACAUUCAGUGUUCCCACGAGGAUUUCUUUGGAUGAAUGCAAGGGCAGCAGUUCUGGUGGGAAGGCUAGUAGUAAAAGACAGUUUGGCAGUAGGGAUGGUUUGCCGACUGAAUUGGAGUUCCACAUGUCUGUGUCUGCGAAAUACUUACUAUUGUCAGCUUUCCUGGCUUCAAGGAACCCGGCUACUCUUGAUGCAGCUUUGUUUGAUUCAACUGGAGGGUCAGAUAACAAUAGGCGUAAGAGAAAGAGCUCUCAGGCGUCGAUGAAUAUGAAGGACACCAUGGCUGAAGAGAUGCUUUUGAAAGGUCCUGGCACAUUUCCUCUUGAGAGGCUCUUGGCUAUAUUUCAGUGCAUCACGUCAGUGUCAGAAGAUUAUCUCGGUGAUGUUGAAUGUCCUGAUAGUAUGAUGAAUGGAAGUGGAAUGACUGGUUUGAUGUCAGAUGUUCUUUUGCAACUUUCAACACUUUGCAAUUCUAAUUUCCUCUCCAAAAGCCGGAGCUGCCCGUUAGAAGGCUCAGCUAGAUAUCGAUCUAACAUUGAUGAAGAUUUAGCACUCAAGGUUGCCAGGAGUGUUAGUUUCCCCCUCUCGAAGUAUAUAUACAGAAGAUAGCCUUUGCAGCCUUACCUAGGCUGUAACAGCUGUUGUUGGUUUUAGACUAUAUUGGUAUCUGAUCUGUCUAGUUCCAUGGUAGGGCAUCAAGGGAUAAAGCAAUUGCUAUAUGCUCCAUCCUCUUCAGUUUUCUUGACUUCUUUCAUCUUGUUUCUCAGUCAGGCAAUUAGUACUAUCCAACCCUGGAUAUAGUGGCAACUUAACAUUCUGAGCUCUAUUGAAAUGUCUCAGCUCGUGCUUCAGAAAGCAAAGAACCAUUAGCAUCUGAAUCAAGCAAUGUUUGGUUAGAUUACUAGAUGUUCUUUUCUUCACAAUUCAUGUAACGCCAUCAGUUCAACCUCUUUUUUUUUGUGUGGCAUAGUGGUACCAUAAAUCUAUCUGAAAAGAUCAGCGCCACUUUGUCCAAGUCCAAUAUUGUCAUAUUGAUCUGUAUUAAGUAAUUAUUCCUUUCACAA